AUGAGUAGCAUUAAGUUUUUAAAAGCUACAACCGUUACAGUACUAAUAUUAAUACUAUCACUCACAGCCACCGCUCAUUCGUAUCCACCGUCAGACAGGGUGGCGCUACUAGCCUUCAGAGCAGCUUUCCACGAUCCCUACCUCAGCAUCUUCAACUCAUGGACCGACACCGAUUGGGAGUCAUGGGUGGUCGGAAAGAGGUGA